AUGAUGGUCAUUGCAAGUCUCCUUUCGUUGAUUGCCAAUCAAAAUUGGCAAUUAGUGAACGAGAAUGGUGAAGAAGUCGAAAACGAAACCAAUCUAAACACAACUGUUUAUGUUGAUCCUAAUGACGGGCUGAAUCUCAAUGUCACUGAUCCUUUUUCAACGAUCACUUUUGGGAUGCUUAUUCUAAGCUUACUCACUACAUCAUUGGCAGCCUUUUUCUCAGCAAGCAAUCAUCAUUUAUCGUGCCCAAUUCGCCUAUUGGCCGCCGCAGAAAAUCUAAACAAAUUCAUCUUUGCAUUGUGCUAUUUUCUAGCUCAAAUAUGUGACCAACCCUGGGUAUCAGUGAGUUGUACUGAUACGAUAAGCAACACAUUUUCAACGAUUUACUCAAUCGCUGAUGAAUACAACCUUUGCGACAUCGCUCAAUAUUGUCAGUGCUUGAUUUCGAUUAGG